AUGGAAGUAGUAAGACAACGCCGGAAUCACAAUCUCCGCCUCUUCUUGCCCGACUCCUCCACCCAAUGCCGCCCUCAUUUCCCACUACCAUUUCCCCCAACUUCCUCCUUCUCCGCCACCACCAUAUCCCAGCAAGAAGUCGAUUGUCUCUCCGACCUGGAGAAACUCAAAGUGCUGGGCCAUGGCAAUGGCGGCACUGUCUACCAAGUCCGCCACAACCACACCUCCAACAUCUACGCUCUCAAAGUCAUUCGUGGAAACUCCGACACCACCGUCCAUCAGCAGAUCUUAAAUGAGAUGGAGAUCCUACGCCAUACAGACUCUCCCUUCAUCGUCCGAUGCAACGGUAUUUUCCAUGAUCCCUCAGGCGACACCUCGAUCCUCAUGGAGUACAUGGACGGUGGCACACUCGAUUCUCUCCUCAAAUCCCAUGGAACCCUAUCGGAGCUCUCACUGUCCUCCAUCGCUCGCCAAGUCCUCAACGGUCUCGAAUACCUUCACUCCCAAAAGAUCGUCCACAGGGACAUUAAGCCUUCGAAUCUUCUUGUGAAUCAGAAGAUGGAAGUCAAGAUUGCAGACUUCGGUUUGAGCAAGAUGAUGUCCCAUAAUAAUACGCUUCAACGCUGCGAUUCCUUUGUGGGUACAUGUGCGUACAUGAGCCCUGAGAGACUGGAUCAAUGCACCUACGACGGUUACGCUGCUGAUAUAUGGAGUUUCGGACUUACCCUAAUGGAGCUCUACGUGGGUCAUUUCCCCUUGCUCUCUAUUGACCAGAGAUCCGACAUGUUCACGCUUAUGUACGCCGUUUGUUUUGAAGAACCACCGAGCCUGCCGGAAAGUGCUUCCGAGGAGUUUCAGAGCUUCAUCAACUGUUGUUUGCAGAAGGAUUCCAGUAAGAGAUGGACAGUUUCACAGCUCUUGUCACAUCCUUUUAUAGCCAGGGAUCUGAAAAUUGAUCAUGGAAAAUCCUCAUUAGAGUUAACAAGGCUCGAAGAAGGAAGUAACCUGAAUGCUUCAUCUGUUGUAAUCAAUGAUGGCACCAGAUCUGCAAAAAUGCAGGAUGUGGGUGUGAAGCUGCAAAUUGUGAGGAGGAUUAAUGAGCUCAAGGGGAAGAAGAUGAGCAGCCUUGUGCUGGUCAAUAGCUUCAAUCUUUGA